ACAACACCUUCCGAAGGCAUGCCAGGAUGUUCAUUGAGCCAGCGAUUGUUUCUUACUGGCAAAAAUCACAGGAAGGCAUGCUACAGAAGCUCCAUGCAGAGGAGAAAGUGAUAGUUGGUGGUGAUAUGAGGGCUGACUCUCCAGGCCACUCUGCAAAGUUCGGAAGCUACACUAUGAUGGACCUGAAGAACAACAAAGUCGUUGACCUCCAGUUGGUUCAGAGCAAUGAGGUUGGUGGAAGCUACCACAUGGAGUUAGAGGGCCUGAAAAGGAGUCUGGAGUUGUUAAAGGAACGUGGUGUGACUCUGGACUGUAUUGUCACGGACAGACAUCUGCAAAUUCAGAAAUUCCUAAGGGAAAGCAGCAUCACCCAAUUCUUUGAUGUGUGGCACAUAGAAAAAGGGAUUUCUAAGCAACUGGAGAAGGCUGCAAAAAAGAAGGACUGCGAAAAACUUCGAGGGUGGGUGAAGAGUAUAAGAAACCACAUAUACUGGACUGCAGCAACCUCCACCACCGGGCCUGAGAGAGUGGCCAAAUGGUUCCCUAAGUGCCUUCAUCUACUGCGCAUUGCGCAAUACCAAUGGAUGGCUGCAGGAACGCCGGCCUUUCACAAGCUGGAGACAAUUCUCUCAACCAAGAGGAUUUUGAAAGCCGUGGCCAAACUCAGCCCACACCACCAGACUUAAUCUUUGGAGUCAUUCCAUGCCGUC